AUCGAUUCCGCGUGUCGAUCUCGCCACGUGGGGCUGGUCUUGUAAUAAAAGUAGAGUCUGGUACAGGUUGCCAUCGGACGCUUGUCUGAAGUUUGAACCUCGACUUUCCUCACAUCCUCGCCCAUCAUUACCAUUUACUCACGUCCAGUCUCUCAGCUAUUGUACGAUAUGUUGAAAGGAUUCGGCAAGUUGGCAAAGAAAGCUUCGUCGGCCACCCUUUCAGCUGGUACCGACGAACCCCCGCGUUCCAUCACUCCAACCCCAGGCAAUCCCGAUGGCAAACCUACGUCCCGAACCGGUCUCCUGACAAUACGUGUCCUCUGGGCAGAGGGCCUUGCCCUUCCUCCUGGAACGGCCAUCCCAUCUGCCGUGCAAGCUGCUCUCUCAACCCAGCAGGCCAAGGUUGCAGCGUCUGUUUCACCAUCUAGCGUCAUGCAAAAGCGUCUUGCCAAGAGACACAGCGCCAAGGACAGCUUGCAACGUACGCAAUGCUGGUGGCUUCCUUACCUCGUUAUGGAGUUUGAAGUGAAUCAGAUCUUGAUAACCUCUCUGGGUGGUGACCUCGAGAAACCGCUGUACAUGUACCAGGCGCAGUUCGACGUGUCGAGGACUUCCGAGAUAUCCAUACAAUGUUAUCUUCGGGCUGAGCAGCCCAAGGUCGGGAGCGAUGGCCUUGCGGAUGACAUGGGUAACGACUUGUUCAUGGGAGGUAUCAAAUUUGUCCCGGACUUUGACAAUGUCGGUUCCGUGGGCAGUGACCAAUGGUACGAUCUGAGUGGUGGUCCAGGAAAGAUCCAGAUUGGCGUCGCAUAUCAACCGAGUUCCGUAGGUUUUCCGUACGUUUCGCCCUUCUCUUUGACGCUCAUGCAAGUUAUGCAAGUCAGAAAGCGUGAUACCAUGCGGGUAUACGCGUUGAAAACCAUUAGGAAGGCCCAUAUCGUUGAUCGGAAGGAGAUUACCCAUACUCUGGCAGAGCGGCUGGUGCUGGCACGCGUCAAUAAUCCGUUCAUUGUGCCUCUCAAAUUCAGCUUCCAAUCAGAACAGAAACUUUACUUGGUUUUGGCUUUUGUCAAUGGAGGAGAGCUAUUCCAUCAUCUGCAGCGCGAACAGCGCUUCAACGAAGAACGUUCCCGUUUUUACAGUGCAGAACUGCUCCUUGCUCUCGAACACUUGCAUGAGUUGGAUGUUGUCUACCGUGACCUGAAGCCAGAAAACAUUCUUUUGGAUUACACCGGACAUAUCGCGCUUUGCGAUUUUGGUCUCUGCAAACUCAACAUGAAGGAUUCGGAUACGACAAAUACAUUCUGUGGCACCCCGGAAUACCUUGCUCCCGAAAUCUUGAAUGGCCAAGGAUACAGUGAGAGCAGGCCCUUGACGUUAUCGAUUGGUGGACGCUGGGCUGUCCUGCUUUAUGAGAUGUUGUCCGGUCUUCCGCCUUUCUAUGAUGGCAUGUCGCGUUCUGCGUUUGCGCUGUUUUCGGACCCUGAUAUCGGAACAGAAGCGCGUAGCAUUCUCACCAGUCUUCUCAAUCGGGACCCGACCAAACGUCUCGGUGUGAACGGUGCAGAAGAGAUCAAGAGGCACCCGUUCUUUGAAAAGCAUAUCGAUUUCAAGAAACUCUUGCAAAAGAAGAUACAGCCUCCAUUCAAGCCUCGUGUUUCUAGCCCAGUGGAUGUGUCAAAUUUCGACACUGUAUUUACUACCGAGGACCCCAUCGACAGUUACGUCGAUGGGUCUCAUCUGUCGUCUACUGUUCAGGCUCAGUUUGCCGGUAUGUGAACCCGCCUGUUUCUUGGUAGACUAUAUUUACUGUUUCUAGGGUUUUCAUACGAUGGCUCUA